UUGCGUAUGAAGAUAUUUCGCGGGAGCUAAAGCUAGCUAGCGCCAGACUGUCAACACGGGCAACAACAGCUGCUGAAUUCAAGACAAAAUGAGUUUAUGGUUGGAUAAAUAUCGGCCGACUGCUCUCGGGAAGCUCGACUUCCAUAAAGAACAAGCUACGCAGCUGAAGAACCUGGUUCAAUGUGGCGACUUCCCUCACCUGUUGGUGUACGGACCGUCAGGCGCCGGGAAGAAGACCCGCAUCAUGUGUCUGCUGAGGGAGCUGUAUGGACCUGGAGUGGAGAAGCUGCGGAUAGAGCACCAGACUGUUGUGGCUCCCUCAAAGAAGAAAAUUGAAAUAAACACAAUCGCCAGCAACUACCACUUGGAAGUCAACCCAAGCGAUGCUGGGAACCAGGACCGUGUGGUGAUCCAGGAGCUGAUUAAAACUGUUGCUCAGUCUCAGCAGAUCCAGUCCAGCACCCAGAGAGACUUUAAAGUUGUGCUGCUGACGGAGGUGGACAGACUGACCAAGGACGCCCAGCAUGCUUUGCGUCGUACGAUGGAGAAGUACAUGUCCACCUGCCGCCUCAUCCUCUGCUCCACCUCCACCUCCAAGGUCAUCGGGCCCAUUCAGAGCCGCUGUCUGGCUAUCAGAGUUCCUCUGCCCAGCACAGAAGAGGUGUGCAGUGUUUUGACAUCAAUCUGUAAGAAGGAGGGUCUGCUCCUCCCACCAGAGCUCGCCAAGCAGAUCAGUGACAAGUCGGGUAGAAACCUGCGUAAAGCCCUUCUGAUGUGUGAGGCCUGCAGAGUGCAGCAGUAUCCGUUCUCGGCCGACCAGGAGGUCCCAGAGACGGACUGGGAGGUCUACCUCAGAGAGACCGCUAACGCCAUCGUCAGCCAGCAGAGUCCUCAGAGGUUGCUGGAGGUCCGGGCGAGGCUGUACGAGCUGCUGACUCACUGCAUCCCUCCUGAUGUCAUCAUGAAGGGUCUGGUCCGAGAGCUGCUGAGUAACUGUGACGGCCAGCUGAAGACCGAGGUGGCCCACAUGGCGGCUUUCUACGAACACAGACUGCAGCUGGGGAACAAAGCCAUCUACCACCUGGAGGCCUUCGUCGCCAAGUUCAUGGCCGUCUACAAGAAGUUCAUGGAGGACGGUCUGGACGCCAUGAUGUUCUGAUUCUGAACGGACUAAAGUACAGAUUGAACAGCCAUCGUUGACUUCCUCACAUCUUUCCUAUUCGUCCCUACGAGACUCUGAGUGGACUUGGAUCAGAUUUCCAGCCGUGUGAUGAAGACGUGCUGGUGUUCAGCAUCAACUCACCACGAAGUGAAUCUUGAUCGAUUUUCAGUUUUCAGCCCAAAACUCACCACUGUACACAGUUUGUACACUUCAAACUUUUGCUGUCGUGGUUGAAAUAAUCCAACAGUAGCAGCAGAAAGUGGCAGGCAAUGAUCUGUUUUAAAGCUGCAAAAAAAAUAUGUUUUCCCCUUAAAAUCAACCGGAAAAUCACAAUAAAGCGCUUUGUUCACAU